UCCCUUUCAGGAAAUGAGAACAGUGAAGCCCUUCCAGAGUCUAUCCCAUCUGCUCCUGGAACGCUGCCUCAUUUCAUGGAGGAACCAGAUGAUGCCUACAUUAUAAAAAGCAACCCCAUCGUCUUACGCUGUAAAGCUAUGCCAGCGAUGCAGAUUUUCUUCAAGUGCAAUGGAGAGUGGGUCCAUCAGAAUGAGCACGUGUCUGAGGAAAGCAUGGAUGAGACCACAGGACUGAAAGUUCGAGAGGUGUUCAUCAACGUGACCAGACAGCAGGUGGAGGAUUUCCAUGGGCCAGAGGAUUACUGGUGCCAGUGUGUUGCAUGGAGCCAUCUGGGGACCUCGAAGAGCAGGAAGGCAUCCGUCCGCAUAGCCUAUUUGCGGAAAAACUUUGAGCAAGACCCACAAGGGAAGGAGGUUCCCAUCGAAGGGAUGAUCGUCCUCCACUGCCGACCACCCGAGGGAGUCCCUGCAGCUGAGGUGGAGUGGCUGAAGAAUGAGGAGCCCAUAGAUUCCAACCUGGACGAGAACAUCGACACCAGAGCAGACCACAACCUCAUCAUUCGCCAGGCGCGUCUGUCGGACUCGGGGAACUACACCUGCAUGGCUGCCAACAUCGUUGCCAAGAGGAGGAGCAUGUCUGCGACUGUUGUGGUGUACGUGAACGGAGGCUGGUCAUCGUGGACCGAGUGGUCCAACUGCAACGCGCGGUGCGGUCGGGGCUGGCAGAAGCGAUCACGGACCUGCACCAACCCUGCUCCCCUCAACGGAGGUGCCUUUUGUGAAGGAAUGUCAGUGCAGAAAAUUACCUGCACUUCCCUUUGCCCUGUGGAUGGGAACUGGGAGGUGUGGAGCGAGUGGUCUGUGUGCAGCCCCGAGUGCGAGCAUUUGAGAGUCCGGGAAUGCAUCGCGCCGCCCCCGCGGAACGGAGGCAAAUACUGCGAGGGCUUGAGCCAGGAGUCGGAGAACUGCACCGAAGGGCUCUGCAUCCAAGAUAAAAAACCUCUUCAUGAAAUAAAAUCCCAAAAUAUCGAGACCGCCAGUGACAUUGCCCUGUACUCCGGCCUGGGAGCAGCAGUCAUUGCUGUAGCCGUGCUGGUGGUUGGCGUUACCCUGUACAGACGGAGUCAGAGUGAGUACGGCGUGGAUGUGAUUGAUUCAUCUGCGCUGACAGGAGGCUUCCAGACAUUUAAUUUUAAAACAGUCAGACAAGGGAACUCCCUGCUCUUGAACUCCUCCCUGCAGCCGGAGCUGGCAGUGAGCAGGACCUACAGCGGCCCCAUCUGCCUGCAGGAUCCCAUGGACAAGGAGCUCAUGACGGAGUCGUCCCUGUUCAACCCGCUGUCCGACAUCAAAGUCAAGGUGCAGAGCUCGUUCAUGGUGUCCCUAGGGGUGACAGAGAGGGCGGAAUACCACGGCAAGGCGCAUUCCGGAACUUUUCCUCAUGGGAAUAAUCGAGCUUUUGGUACAAUACCAGCUAGAAACAAGGCCACCUAUAUUCAGAACCUGCCUUCUGUUUCAACAAGAAGUGAGCUGAAGACAACUGCUGUUUUUGGACACCUGGGUGGCCGUUUAGUGGUCCCAAACACAGGCGUCAGUCUGCUGAUACCACACGGAGCCAUUCCUGAGGAGACUUCCUGGGAAAUCUACCUUGCCAUCACUCAAAGGGAGUCCAGCCUACAGCCGGAAGGCACAGAUGUGCUGCUGGGACCAGAGGUGACGUGUGGGCCCUCGGAUCUGUCUGUCAGCGCUCCCUUCGCCUUGACGAUCCCGCACUGCGCUGAAGUGAACUCGGAGCACUGGAAUAUUCACUUGAAAAAGAGGACACAGCAAGGAAAAUGGGAGGAAGUGAUGUCUGUGGAAGAGGAAACUACUUCUUGCUACUGCCUGUUGGAUCCUUAUGCCUGUCACAUUCUCUUAAACAGCUUUGGAACUUAUGCUCUUGUUGGAGAACCCAUCUCUGACUGCGCCGUUCGACAGCUGAAAGUAGCGGUUUUUGGCUGCCUGUCUUGCAAUUCUCUGGAUUACAAUCUGAGAGUGUAUUGUAUGGAUAACACACCUUGUGCGUUUCAGGAAGUGGUUUCAGAUGAAAGACUCCAAGGAGGACAGCUACUGGAGGAACCCAAACUUUUGCAUUUCCAAGGGAAUACCUUCAGUCUUCAGAUCUCUGUCCUCGAUAUCCCUCCGUUCCUUUGGAGAAUUAAACCAUUUACUGCAUGUCAGGAGGUCCCGUUCUCUCGCGUGUGGAGCAGCAGCCAGACCCCGCUGCACUGUGCCUUCUCCCUGGAGCGCUACACGCCCGCCACCACGCAGCUGUCCUGCAAGAUCUGCGUGCGCCAAGUCAAGGGGCACGAGCAAAUCCUGCAGAUCCACACGUCCAUCCUAGAGAAUGAAAGAGAAACCAUCGCUUUCUUUGCACACGACGACAGCAACUUCCCUGCCCAGGUGGGUCCAAAAGCGUUCAAAAUCCCCUACUCGAUCAGACAGCGGAUCUGUGCGACGUUCGACACACCCAACGCCAAAGGCAAAGACUGGCAGAUGUUAGCACAAAAAAACAGCAUUAACAGGAAUCUCUCCUAUUUUGCUACCCAAAGCAGCCCAUCUGCAGUCAUUCUGGACCUCUGGGAAGCCCGACAUCAGCACGAUGGCGACCUCGACUCCCUGGCCUGUGCCCUGGAGGAAAUAGGAAGGACGCACUCCAAAAUCUCAGACGUGACAGAAACUGCGGCUGAAGAGCCCGACUUCGGCUCCAGCAGACAGAACGGACUCUAG